UGAGACGUGAAGGUGUUUGGAGAGAGUGGUUUGUCUUAAAGCUCGUGAAUAAUAAUCGUCAACCUCAGCAUCCGCGGCCAAGGCAGCAAACUGGACGCCGACAUGGGGGUCGCCAAGAAACAGCUGCUCACUUUCGAGCUGCUCUUCAACUCCGAGCGCAGUUACACGGCCGGGGACAAGGUGGCUGGCCGGGUCCGCUUGCAGGCCGCCCAGCCGCUGCAGGUCAGCGCCGUCCGGAUCGUGGCCCUGGGCUACGCCCGGGCCCAGCUGCUGAAGGGCUCGCAGCCCCUGCGCCAGCAGCAGGAGUACCUGCACUAUCAGGACACACUGCAGCCCGACGGAGAGAACCGGCCCACAGAUAUGGACGCGGUUGUGGUUCUGCAGCCAGGCAAAACGUACGAAUACAGUUUCGGUUUCCAGGUGCCAGAAGGGCCCUUGCCCCCAUCGUUUAAAGGCAAGUAUGGUGGGGUCUGCUACCUUGUUACAGCCUACGUUGACCGAGAGAAGCUCCCGCCUCUGGAGACCAGCAGAAACUUUGAGGUGGUGGAGCCCAUCGAUGUGAACGUACCGAGCUUACUGUGCCCAGUUGGUGGUUCCAAUAAGAAAAAGGUGACUUGUUUCUUCCUCUCUGAUGGUUACGUGUGUAUUGCAGCCAAGAUUGACCGGAAGGGAUACUGUCAAGGCGACGAGAUCUGCAUCAACGCCCAGUUCCAGAACAACUGCUCACGGAUCGUGGUGCCCAAGGCUGCCAUCUUGGCAAAGCAGACCUACCAGGUGAAUGGCAGCACCAAGGUCUUCAAGGAGAAGCUCAACGCUGUCAGGGGAAACCACAUCAUCUCGGGGAUGUCUGAAUCCUGGUGCGGGAAGGGCCUCCGGAUCCCCACGGUGAAACCAUCCAUCAGCUGCAACAUCAUCCAGCUGGAGUAUUCACUGCUGGUGUACGUUCACAUUCCUGGCAGCAAGAAGCUGGUCCUCGACCUCCCUCUAGUCAUUGGCACGAUUCCGUACAGCGGGUUGAACAGCCGGUCGUCCAGCGCUGCCAGUAACUGCACCAGCAUGAGCGGCACCAGCAUGAGCAGCACCAGCAUGAGCAGCGCCAGCAUGAGCUGGCCUCACAUGGAGUUCCCAGAGAGAGGAGCCUCUUUUGACAUGGGCCAUGACACUCACCGAAUGGAAUGUCCCACCACUCCCCUGCUGGACGAGUAUGACGGGCUGCCAGAGAGCCCCAUCUUCAUGAAGUCCCUGCUCUUCGACAACAUGUCACCAGGCAGACCUUUGGUGGAUGAGAAUGGGAACAGCGAAUGCCCAGUGGAGUGAAGUGGCAAAUCCAGCAGUGACUUUAUACACACAAACUUGGACUUGCAUUUUAAUCACAGCGUGCGCUUUACGAUGCACUUGUAGAAAGAGCCUGCGGGUAAAGGCGGAGGGAGCUGGACGGUACCAGAAAGAGGAAAGCAAGGAGGAAUUUAUGCGUACAAAUGCCUCGACCAGUGCUGGCUCCCACCACUGGACCAGGAGCUUGUUGAAACUCCUACAGUUAGAUAGACGUCAAACCAAUCAGAAAUCAUGUAACACUCAAAUCGAAUUUAGGCUGAGACCCAGCUCAGUUCUUGUGUAUGAGAGGCGACAUUGUGUAGUUACUGAUGACAAAUAUUAGAAACUGUUAAUGCUCGGUUGUUUCUUUCUGUUCUGAUGUGGUAUUAUUGAGAUCUUUUGCCUUAGCUGAUAGGGCAGCACAGGUAUUUCGCUACUUGGUGUUCGAGCUCAGUGUGCCGGGGCGAUUGCGGCCACUGAUGUUUGGUGAAGUGCGGCCAGUAAGUAUCUCCCCAGCCCGCCGGGAUUUAUGCAAGCACUGAUUGCAAAGCACUCCCUCCAUCCUCCUGGACGCCUAGCGGCUGCCACUGUCUGGUUUGAAGGGAGAUCGCGCAGCUGCAUAAGAAUCCAGAGUGGUCUGGCAAGACCGGAUAUCCCAAAGAAUUCCUCGUUGGAGGAGGUGCUGCCAAAAUUUAGAUUUUCAAUCCAAUGUUGUCCUGGGGGUGAGCUCUGUGCUUGUUACCAGAGACCUGUUCCCGCACUGCCUUGUGCCAUAUGAUUCCCAUCAGCAUCAUUUUGUUUGAAAAGGGCAGCACUCAGUUCCUGACUGUUUCUCAGGUGGGUGUUUAUUCCAUUGGUAACUUCCUGUUUGAAGGGUCAGGCGGUCCCUGAUUUUCUAUAACAGUGAGCUCCCUUACUCUGCAGUUUUAAUUUCUGAUGUGAGAAGACCUUUCCAAGCACUCCACGUUAUUAUUAUUCUGCCUGUAAAACAUUUCCAUUUUUGUAAAACUGUCUUUGUACUGAGCAUGUGAAUCCUGUGUCUUCCAAGUUCUCCCAAUGUCUGUAUGACUCCUUACUAUCCAAAUUGUUCAUUGGGAGACUAUUACUGUUUCAUAAAGUGUUAUUUUGAUAAGGAUUUUAUUUAAAAAUUACAAGAUUUUUCUAAUCUGAUUCUGCCAUUGUGGAACCUGUCAAAUUAUUUUGUGUAUUUUUCUAAGCUCAAAAGCAUUUUAUUUUGUAAAAAGUGUCCUUGGUUUUAAAUAAAGUUGAGAUAUUUUAAAGUG